AUGGACUCACCAAAAGUGUCAUCAACCACGAAGAUUCCUGCACUUACCCAUAGGAAAUUUCUUGGUUCCAGUUCACCUGAACCAAAAAGAGAAGAUCAUAACAGCACUGGUUCUGUUGCAGGUGUCAUCCCAGGCCUCCUGUCUCCUCUUGCAACCUCUAGCCCCAAGUUCAAAACCCCAGUUAGUACAUUUGCAAAGGAGGGAUCAAAAUCAGAAUCUACAUCGUCUGCUGAAACAGAAACACAUCCCACCCGUGAGUCCCCCAAUUUCAGCCUAACUCGGGGCCUUACAUUUGACUCCAUCACCAAAAUGUCAGCCGAAACAGAUGCUGCAGAUGGGAAAGAACAAUUGCAUUCCCACGGGUGCGUGACUGACAAUACAGGACCGUCGCCUGGAGAUAAGAAGAGGAUGUCAGGCACCCUGCCGAGCAAAGCAGGUCACCCGGGAGAAACAAAUACCAGCACCACUGGAAGCAGCAUCCCAUCAUCCGAGGCAACCGGUGCACAGGCAGAGGAGAGGAGGAAGCAGGGGUGUAGGAAACAGAACGAUGUUCAAGGGGGCUCUCUGUCCCCUCCUCAUCAUCUUCCUCCUUCUUCUUAUAGUCAUGCACCGACCUCCAACAGAAGGCUCACAGAGAGUGCAACCAUGACCGACCGGUCCGGGGAGCUCCACCCUGAGGCGGGGGAGCAGAGAGAGGUGGGAGUUCAGGUGGGAGUUCAGGUGGUUGAGCGCUCAGUGUCCACCAGUCCCAUCCGCCACUCCGGCGAUCCAUACUCCCCCCUGAUUGGUACCCCGAGCUGUCAAUCAGAGAGUUUGACCUCCCCAACAGUCCCCUCGCUGUGCUGCAUCCCUUCCUGUCAGCCGUCCCUCAGGCACAUCUGCAAGAUUGACAUCGAGCUGCGGAACCAGGCCCUGCUUCCCCCCUCUGCGGCCGACAAGGCAAGCUCCCUCCCCGUCUGCCUGCGCACCUUCAGCUUCCAGCAGAACCCCCCCCUCUUGCCGGGCUUCGGACAAACCCACAGCCGAGACGUUAGCUCUGAGAGCAUCUGGGAAGACGGGGAGGAAGAAGAGAAAAGGGGGAGAAGCUAUGACGAAGAGCAGGACAAGGACAGAGAGGAGACGGAAAAGCCUCAGGAGGUGGUGUGGGACAAGCAGGGGAUGACCUGGGAGGUGUACGGCGCCUCGGUGGACCUUGAAUCUCUGGGCACGGCCAUCCAGUCCCACUUGGAGUCGAAGAUUCGGGAGCAGGAGGAACGCAUUCGCACUCUGAGGAAGUCCAUCUGCUCCGAAAGCAGCCUGAGAGGCUACAGAAUGAGGGAGAAGAAGAACAGGACCGGAGGGAUUCUGGGAUGCUGCGGAAAAGCGUCCUCUGUGUCAGACUGA